CCCGCCGCGGGGGCAGGCCCGCCGUGUCCCACCGCCCCCGGGAGCUGCUGCCUUUCGGUCCUGCACAGUCCGAGGGCGUUUUGGAAACUUGGAGAGGCCAGUGCGGCCCCUGUCCCUUGAAAGCCGUGGAAGAUGGGUUUCCUGGGCAAGCUGGCGGCGCUACCAAAACUCAGCGGUGCGGUGGCGGGCCGGGGCGGCGGUGCCUGGCGGCGGCCGGGCCCGCCCUGUGCAGCCGUCCCGCUCCCGGCCCGGGCCGCCGCUGGCCCCCGCCCGCCGCCCGGCGGCCGGGCCGCCUCCUCCUCCCGGGCGCUGGGCAAGUACGAGGAAGUUUUCCAGUCCUGCCUGGCGGAGCCCGAGAAGGUCUGGGGAGAAGUCGCCGAGCAGAUCCAGUGGUACAAGCCCUGGGUCCGGACCCUGGAGAGGGGCAGCCUGGGGAGCGCUUCCUGGUUUGUAGGUGGAGAGCUGAAUAUCUGUUACAACACUGUAGAUCGUCAUGUUGAGAAUGGACGAGGAGACCAAACUGCUAUUAUUUAUGACAGUCCUGUAACAAAUACCAAAGAGAAAAUAACAUAUAAGGAACUUUUGGAACAGGUCUCCAAGUUAGCUGAUGUCAUGAUCAAACAUGGUGUGAAGAAAGGAGAUCGUGUGGUUAUCUACAUGCCCAUGAUUCCACAGACUGUGUACUGUAUGCUGGCUUGUGCGAGAAUAGGAGCCAUCCAUAGUCUGAUUUUUGGUGGAUUUGCAUCUACAGAGCUUUCAGUUCGCAUUGAUCAUGCAAAGCCCAAACUUAUUGUAACAGCGAGUUUUGGAGUAGAACCGAAAAGGAAAGUGGAAUACAUAUCUCUCCUAGAAGCAGCACUGGCAAGGGUACAGAGCAAACCUGAUAAAGUUCUCGUUUACCAACGACCUAAUUUGGGCCAUGUUCCUCUUACCAAAGGUCGGGAUCUUGACUGGGAAGAAGAGCUUGCAAAAGCACAGUAUUCAAAAUGUGUCUCCGUUCCCUCAGACCAUCCACUUUAUAUUCUGUAUACUUCUGGAACAACAGGUUUGCCCAAGGGUGUUGUGAGACCAACUGGUGGCUAUGCAGUUAUGCUAAACUGGACCAUGUCGGCUGUAUAUGGCCUCAAACCUGGUGAGGUAUGGUGGGCAGCUUCUGAUUUAGGCUGGGUUGUUGGUCAUUCCUACAUUUGCUAUGGACCUCUUCUUCAUGGUAAUACUACAGUUUUGUAUGAGGGGAAGCCUGUGGGAACGCCAGAUGCUGGUGCCUAUUUCCGUGUGCUAGCAGAGCAUGAAGUAGCUGCCUUCUUUACUUCACCAACUGCAAUUAGAGCAAUCCGUCAGCAGGACCCUGAGGCAGCCUUGGGAAAGCAGUACUUGCUGAAAAGGUUCAGAACGAUGUUUGUAGCUGGUGAGCACUGUGAUGUGGACACGCUGGAAUGGUCAAAAAGAAUCUUCAAGGUACCUGUCCUGGACCACUGGUGGCAAACUGAAUCUGGUUCUGCAAUUACGGCUUCCUGUAUUGGUUUGGGAAACUCUACAACACCUCCACCCGGACAGGCAGGAAAACCAGUGCCAGGGUAUAAUGUCAUGAUUCUGGAUGAAAAUAAGAAACCAGUGAAGGCAAAGACUUUGGGAAAUAUUGUGGUAAAGUUGCCUUUGCCUCCUGGAGCAUUCUCAGGCCUUUGGGAAAAUCAAGAAACAUUUCAGAAGUUAUAUUUCCAAAAAUUUCCAGGAUAUUAUGAUACUAUGGAUGCUGGUUAUAUGGAUGAGGAUGGCUAUCUAUAUGUACUGUCUCGAGCUGAUGAUGUGAUCAAUGUUGCUGGACACAGAAUUUCAGCAGGUGCGAUUGAAGAGUGUAUCCUCUUCCAUCCCGCUGUGGCAGACUGUGCUGUUGUGGGCCAGGAGGAUCCUCUAAAAGGACAUGUUCCAUUUGCACUGUGUGUACUGAGACAAGGUGUAAAGACACAAGAGAGUAAGAUUUUGAAAGAGAUUGUUGAGCGGGUUCGGACCAACAUUGGUCCAGUAGCAGCUUUCCAGAAGGGGAUGUUUGUGACACAGCUACCAAAAACACGCUCUGGCAAGAUUCCACGUUCUGCUCUUUCUGCACUCAUCAGUGGAAAGCCGUACAAGAUAACACCAACCAUUGAAGAUGCUAGUGUGUUUAAACACAUUGAAGAAUUGCUAAAGAAAAAUUAAAUGGGAUAAUACUACUACAUAAUUACAAGAAUUUCAGUUAUUCAAGUAUACAAAGAAGCUUUUUUUAUUGUUAAGAAUACCACAUUUUAAAAACAAGUAGUGAUUUGGGACUAAAUGUUUUUACUGCAGAAACAUUACUGUGUUCUUUACCAUCUUGCCAAAGCCACUGAGAUAUAGUAAAGUCUCUGCAUGCUGUCAAUAUAUGCUGGUUAUUAAGAUGGCUAAGAAUUGCAAAUAGAAUUCAUACAUUGCUGUAGUCUUAAAGGGAAGGAGUAAUUGGAUUAUCUGUCUUACAUGGUGUGAUGUAACCUUACAUUUCAAUCUGUUAUUUUAUAAUGUGACCAGUAAUUUUUGUUUGGCUGAAGCAGCUUACAAAAGGUAAAUAUUGAACAGAGGAGAACAAAAAAGGAAUUCAAUUGUGAAAAUUGUUGCAGGCAUAAAUUGUUCUUACUUGUAAAUUAUAAACUCUUGUGUUUUAGAUUUUUCUAAAAUUAAAAAUUUUAAGAUUAGUUCUCUUGAUUCUAUUUUCUUUUUUUUUUCCCCAAGUCUUUCUGCUAUAAAUUAGAUUUCUAUUUUUUUUUUUUUCUCAAUAACUUUCUGAAGAGUCUUUUUUGUAAAAUGAUAAAUAAUUUCUGGCUUUCUGUGAAAUCUGUGAAAAUCUUAAUUUGUCCACAGUAGUAUUCAGGAAACCCGUUGUAUAUUAAAUAAAGGCAGGCAUUUAC